AUGCUACCCAAAGCUCGUGUUGUGUACUGUAGUGCAACUGGUGUGACAGAUGUAAAAAAUAUGGUAGGUGUAGAGUGAAGUAUUAUUUUUAUAUAAUUGACAAUAACGUGAUUUUGACUGAGUGUCAGGAAACAGCAUGUUACUAUUAAAAGGUAUCCAACUAGUUUUUCGCAAACAGUGCACUAAGUAAAGGUUGGCAUGUACCUUUUAAAAGUACGCUGUACGCAGUUAGCAUCUUAUGUUAUGCCACUGUACAAAGUUAAAACUUUAAAGUGAAACUUGAUCUUGCGACUUGAUCUUGUACCUGGGAACAAAGAUUUUUUAAGGCGAAAUACUGUCGGUUGCAUCUGAGCGUGGACACGAGACAAAAAAAAACAUGUUCUAAUAGAGCGCCAGACAUGACGUGUUUUGCCGCCAAACAUCUGAAGUUUGACAGCCGUUAAAGCAAACUGUCAAGCCAAAGGUAAGUUUGUAGCCAAUCAGAACAUGUUUUUUUCUCACGUGUACACCCUUAGAUGCAGCCGACGUUAAUUAUAUGAUCUUCGGGAUGAGUGUACUGAACAGGACUGUUGUUGACAGUGAUUGACGUUUUGACAGGUCUUCAGGCCCUAUCCACAUUGUAUCCGGAUAGUUUUGAAAAUGAAGACUUUCUUCUCCAUUCUUGCGUCCAUCCACACAUAAACGGCCUUUUCAAAAACACACCCAUAGUGGAGAUUUUGUAAAACGCUGGCUUCUUGUUUAAAGUGGGCGGUCGAAAACGGAGAUUUGUGAACACGAUUAUGUCAUGCACCAUAUACUACUAGCAUUACGCAUGCUCUGUAAGGGCUGCUAUCGUCUUUCCAUCGUUUUAGGGUUUUCAUGUGGACAGGCGAAAACGAUUCAAAUACGAUUCAUGUAGACGCCUAUUUUUUUUUUUUUGAAAAUCGAGAAAAAAAGUCCCCAUUUUCGAAAAUAUCCGGAUACGUGUGGACAGGGUGUCAGGGUCAAAGUCAGUUGUAUCACCUCAGUUGAUGGUAUUAAACUCUGGUUCAAGGUACAUGAUUUCUAGGUACUCAGUAGAAGAGCACAAAGACUCUUCACUGAGUGUUGCAUGAAGUUUUUAAACCCUACAAUAAUUGCUGAGAGAUUAUUACGGCAACCAUGUUUAGAAGCCUUAGGUUUCUGACAAUGUUCCCAUUCAGUCCAAUGGUCAAUUAAUACAGUACACUGAUAUAGUGAUUUGAUUAUUUUCAGGCAUUUAUGGAGAGACUUGGUUUAUGGGGAGAUGGAACAGCAUUUAAAUCGUUUGAUUCUUUUCUAGCCAGCAUAACUAAGAGAGGUCUUGGUAAGUGGCGUAGUUUUCAGCCUAGACUACGAGGAGUCUCUCUUUUUUCUUUAAUAGUCCGUUCAGCAAAACGCGCGAGACACGCAAAUGACCACGCGCAACACUCUCUCGCGCGCGUGCACUCCCCUCACUAAAUCUGAAGAAAAAGAGAGACUGCUUGCAGUCUAUUUUCAGCCCCAAUGAUCCACACACAAAUUCUCUCCACUGAUCCCCCUACCUUUCCUUAAAGAAUUAGUUGAGAGAUUUUAGUGAUUAUUUUAUGAAUUCUCUAAACUUUUUCUUGUAAUGAUGUAUGGAUAUUUUUAGGAGAAAAUUGAUGUUAAUCACGUUUGGUACUCAAUGGGAUAAACAGGGCCGUAGCCAGGAAGAAACUACAAUCGAGGCGAACACACGGUCCGUUGUACGAAAUCAGCCGUAUGAAAUCUUCUAAUAUUAUCAGUCUGAUAAAAAAAAUGAAAAUCGACAGUAUUUGGUAAAAUUUUACCGAGGCGAGUGCCUUGGUUCGCCUCAUACUGGCUACGGCCCUGAUAAAGGGGUUAUAUCAUGAUGACUUCCAUAUUCUUGUCAACGUUGAGCAGAAAUUGUAACUAAGUAUUCUCAGUCACAUUUUUCGAUACUUGGAACUCUAAAAGAAAGCUAUGAAAUGAUUCGGGUUCCGGCAAAUUACCCGAACCCUUAGCCUGAAAUAUGGGUAAACCACCUGUAACCGUGGAGAGAUGGCUAGCUAGGCUACUGGCUAGAACGGUGAUGCGCCAUGGUGAAGCUAGUACCACCUCUCGGAAAUCAUGGUCGCCUUUUAUAUAACCUGAGCAGAGCUGUCAUUAAGAGGCGGGGGCCGGGGAUUUUCCCCGGCUAGCCUACUAUGAACGUGGCCCCCGGCUACUUUCAAAGGAAAAGAAAAGAAAAAGGAACCAAAAGAAAUCCCUAGCUGUUUGAUUCCCCAACUACUUGUUGUAUUUACCCGGCACCUUGAAAUCUUAGUGACAACCCUGAGCCUGUCCCAGGCUUUGAAAUAGUAGAUUGUGGUGCGAAGUUAGAGAACGGGAAAAAAAUAAGGAGAAAGAAAGGGAGAGGGAGAGAGAGAGAGGAAGGAAUUUCGCCCUCACUCCCUACCCCACCACUGGCUGUUUUUCCUGCUCACAUCUCCUUGCGUCGUCCUCACAAUCUGAACCCCUGGAACAGGCUACCUUUUAUAUAACGUGGCAAACAUGCACGUUCGCUUUCACUUCUCCAUCGGCAGAAAUGAUGUAUUUUAAGGUCACUAAUAUUUAAAAUCUUUCCAGGUGCUUCUGAAAUGUUAGCUAUGGAAAUGAAGGCAUCGGGGAUGUACGUUUCUAGAGGUUUUAGUUUCAGGCAGGCUGAGGUAAUUCAUAAUUGUAGAAAUGGCAUCUUGAUUUUUCUGUUGUAACCAGAAGUUUUUCUAUCAUCCUCAAAUAUAAGGCUUUUUUUUUUUGCAAUGCUUAUUUCUUCACUUCUGUUCCUUUUUUGUUAACAAACUUUGAUAAUGCUUUUUUGUCGCAUUUCUGCAGUUUGUUAAUGUUGAGGCGACACUGACUGCACAACAGAUAAAGGUUUAUGACACUGCAGUUCACGUUUGG